AUGGGUGUUACAAUUAGAAGAGCAACAAUCGAAGACGUCCAGGCGAUGCAAAAUGCUAAUUUGCUCAAUUUGCCUGAAAAUUAUGAAUUGAAAUACUACAUGUACCAUAUUUUAUCGUGGCCUCAAGCCAGUUUUGUGGCCACCACCUAUGACCCAGAAGACUAUCACAGUACGUUGGAUGACGAAGAUGAAGAAACCGAAGUUCUUGCUGAAUCAAAUGGUACUGGCUUCCUUGACACCGUUCAAGAUCCCAAGGGUGAUACAGCAUAUAUCAGGAAAGGUGAAAAAAUUGUUGGUUACGUUUUAGGAAAAAUGGAGGACGACCCAGAUGCCGAAGACAAGACUCCCCACGGACAUGUGACGUCUUUGGCAGUGAUGAGAACUUACAGACGAAUGGGAUUGGCCGAAAAGUUGAUGAAACAAUCGUUGUAUGCCAUGUGUGAAUGUCUUCGAGCAGAGUACGUUUCGCUACAUGUGAGGAAAUCUAACCGAGCAGCAUUGCAUUUAUAUCGUGACAGUUUGAAGUUUGAGGUGUCUUCUAUUGAAAAGUCGUACUAUCAGGAUGGUGAAGAUGCAUAUGCCAUGAGAAAGGACUUGAAACUUGAAGAAAUGCUUCCGUAUCAUGGCCACAGUGAAGUUGAUGAUUUGACGCUGGACUUAAUCUAA